AUGCAUCCAGCAGCAGAAGUUGAAGUUCACCAUCGCCGAAGGAGACAUCAUCAUAAUAGUAAUGCUGCUGAGACAACACCUGAAGAGGCGCAGCAAAUUACAGAAAAAGUUGCGCAAUUAGAAGAAUCAGGUGAAAUUAAUCCUUACACAAACAAGCCAUACAGCAAGAAUUAUUACAAAAUCCUCGAAACCAGAAUGAAAUUACCUGUUUAUGAGAGAAAAGAUGAGAUUAUUGAAGCUGUAAGGAACAGCAAAGUUACAAUCAUCGAAGGUUCAACAGGUUCCGGUAAAACAACACAGAUUCCACGAUUUCUCCUUGAAGCCAACAUUAUUGACCCAUCACAAAAGAUUGUUUGUACUCAACCUCGUAGAGUUGCUGCAAUCAACGUCGCAUCACGUGUUGCUGAUGAGAUGGAUAUCGAACUUGGCGCAGAAGUUGGUUACUGUGUCAGAUUCGAUGCGAAGGAGACCUCAAAGACACGCCUUACCUAUAUGACUGAUGGUCUUUUGAUGAGAGAAUUCGUUAUCGAUCCAAAUGUAACAAAAUACGGUAUCAUCAUCAUCGAUGAAGCCCACGAACGUACAAUUAACAGCGAUAUUAUCAUCGGUUUACUCAAGAGAUUAGUUAAUAAACGUGAUGAUCUCAAAGUUGUCGUCAUGUCUGCUACUCUCGAAGCCACCAAAUUCCAGCGCUUCUUCGAUAAUAUCACCGACGAUUCCGAACCAUGCGUUACUCCACACAUUGUCGUUCCCGGCAGAUUACAUAAGGUCGUUAAGGUCUAUACAGAGGCAGCAGUGCCAAACUACCUCAACGAAGCUGUUUCCCGUACACUAGAUAUCCAUUUCAACCAGCCAGAAGGCGAUAUCCUCCUUUUCCUCACUGGUGAAGAAGAAAUCGAGUCAACAUGUGACAGAUUACGAGCUGAAAUCUCAGGCCAGACACAUUCCACAGGUAUAAGUGCAUACGUUCUUCCUCUAUACGCAUCCUUGCCUCCACAGGAACAAGCGAAAGUUUUCAAACCGGCCAAAUAUCCAAACACGAGGAAAAUCAUUGUUUCCACAAAUAUUGCAGAAACAUCUGUCACCAUUGACGGUGUUGUUUAUGUCAUUGAUCCAGGCAUGGUCAAGCAAAACACAUAUAAUCCGGAGCGUAGAAUGUCUUCUCUUUUAGUUGUCCCCAUUUCGAAAGCAGCUGCUGUACAAAGGGCAGGACGUGCAGGCAGAACAAGAAGAGGUAUCUGCUACAGAUUGUACACUCAAGAAACUUUCGAAAAAGAACUUCAAGAGCAGACAACACCUGAAAUACAACGCUCUGAUUUGGCAAGUGUUUUAUUGUUGAUGCUGGCCGCUGGAAUUUCCGACAUAAUGCACUUCCCAUUUAUAGAUCCGCCUGAAUACAAACUCGUCAAAUCUUCCAUUGAAGAACUCUACUUCCUCGGUGCUGUCGACAUCCAAGGAAAUCUCACUGAAAAAGGCCGUUUAAUGUCCUUGAUUCCAAUCGAACCAAAACUUGCUGCGGCUUUGAUUUCAUCCAAAGAUUUCAACUGCACAGUGGAGAUGGCAACAAUCGUUGCAAUGCUUUCUGAACAAGGACAGCCAUUCAUGAGACCUGUCAAAGAAAGCGCAAUGGCUGAUGCAGCUCACCGACCAUUUAAGUGCGGUUUUUCAGAUCACAUUUCACUUCUCAGGUGUUUUAACGAGUUUGCGAAAGACCCAUCGAAGAACUUUUGCAACCAGCACUACUUGAAUUACAGGAUGCUUGACAGGGCUUAUAAAUCAAGACAGCAAUUGCUUUCUUUGUUGAGAAAGAAUGGAAUUGAAGCUGUUUCGAUUUAUGAUGACAAAGAAUGUCAAAAUCCAGAAAAACAUAUCAUUCAUGCACUUUUGAUGGGAAUGUUCAUGCAGACAUGUGUUUAUAAUCCACCAACAAAACAGUACUCGUUCAUGACUGGCCAGAAAGAGGCUGAUAUCCAUCCUUCUUCUUCAAUUAGAAGUAUUCCAACAUGGCUCAUAUACACUGAGUAUGUUUUCACUAAUAGUGAGUUCAUUAGAGGAUGUUCUGAGAUAGAAGACUCAUGGAUAAUCCAAUCUUGCCCUGAAUUCUUCGAUCCUGAAAGAUAUCCAAUCGGAAACAUCAAAAAUGCCCUCAGGAGAUUGAUAGAUAACGAAAAUAGAAAGAAGAAAGAAGAAUUAUAUAUUAUGAAUAGAGUUAUAUUUUUAUAG